AUGGGCUCUACACAGCAUCGUAAUGCUGAAUGGGACCAACUUGUUUUUACAGAUGAAAAUUCGUUUCAUAUGAAACAGGUGAUAAAACGUAUAUGGAAAAAGUGUGGUGAAGAAUAUUAUGUUACAACGGUGAAGCAUUCUGUUAAAGUUCACGUUUGGGGUUGUUUUAGUAAAUAUGGAUUUGAAAAAUUAGUUUUAUUCAAGCAAACGUUAAAUUCAGAGUUGAUGUGCAAAAUCUACAAGAAUGGGCUAUUACCAUCGGUAAACAGGUGGUUUGAUGAUAAUAGCUGUGAUUGGAAACUUUUAGAAGACAACGAUCCGAAACACACUUCGAAAAUGUGUAAACGAUACAAGAUUAACAAUGAGAUACAGUUAUUACCAUGGCCCUCGCAAUCUCCCGACUGUAAUCCGAUCGAAAAAUGUUUGGGCUUUAAUGAAGCUCAAAAUAAACAGACACCCACCUACAUCAGUCAAUAA